UUUUUGGUUCUCAUCCUCUUCCUCUUUAUGUCUCCAUUCAUUACUCAAUUCUCAAUUCCAACGCUACCACUCCCUCUUUCUAUUCUAUUCUAUAUAUAUCCACAAGAUCCAUAUUUCUCUCUUCUUCCAUUUUCUUUGCAAUUCUCUUUUCAAGGUGUUUGUUAUUUGGUCUGAAACAAGAUGGGAGGUGGUAAGGAUGGACAUGAUGAAUCUGACAAAGGGGUGUUUUCACAUCUUGCUCAUGGUUUAGCUGGUGGUGCGCACGGUGGAGGUUAUCCUCCCCAACAUGGGUAUCCUCCUCAACAAGGGUAUCCACCACAACAGGGGUAUCCUCCACAACAAGGGUAUCCACCAGCUGGAUACCCUCCACAACAAGGAGGAUAUCCACCGGCUGGUUAUCCUCCACAACAAGGAGGGUAUCCACCUGCUGGUUAUCCUGGUUCUUCUGGUCACGCUGCUCCAGGGUCUCAUGGACAUGGUGGACAUGGUGGACACGGCGGUAUAGGAGGAAUGCUUGCUGGGGGUGCAGCUGCUGCUGCCGCUGCUUAUGGUGCUCAACAUCUCGCCCAUGGCUCUCAUGGCCACUAUCCACAGGGCGGUUAUGCACAUGGUGGCUAUGGUCAUGGUGGUGCUCACAUGCCCCACGGAAAAUUCAAGCAACAUGGCAAGUUCAAGGGGGGAAAGCAUGGCAAGUUCAAGGGGGGAAAGUUUGGCAAGCAUGGUGGAGGCAAGCAUGGAUUCAAGAAGUGGAAGUAAAAUGUAUAUGCAACUACGGUUCUAAAUACGGCGGCUUUAUGCUUGCUACUUUAUAAAUAAACCAUACUUUGUAUGAUGUAUGAUUAUCAUAAUAGGCCCAUUUCUUUUCUUUUAUCCUUCUUGUUUUGCUAUUUCAAUGUACUGGAUCCUUUGAGCAAAAGUGUUUGAGGUAUUGACAA